AUGGCCUCUGGGAACCAACCAAUAUUCCCAGUUCCGUCUGGAGUAGCGGCGAACCUGUCGAUCAUCAACACCACGGGCACGAUCCAGGGCAUGGCAGCAGACCACCUGGUGAAGCCGACUCUUCCGGGAUUUCACAUGUUUCCAAAGGUGCCCAGCUGGUCGUUUCUGAUCGAGACCACGGUUUCGGGCAAGACGAGAAAGGUGCUCUUCGACCUGGGCAUCCCCAAGGAUGUCUACGCGCUGCCGCCCUUGGUCUCUGAUAGAUUGAAGACUUUCAAAUGGGUGGUUGAUGUGCCUCAGAGCACUGCUGAGGUUCUGGUCGAACACGGCACGCACCUUGCAGAUAUCGAGGCUGUGGUUUGGAGUCAUUGGCAUUGGGAUCAUCAAGGAGACAUUCAGCAUUUCCCCUCCACUACCGACCUGGUCGUCGGCCCAGGGUUCAGCAAAGCAUUUCUUCCGGCAUAUCCCGCGGGUCCCAAAUCGCCAAUUCGACAGACAGAUCUCGAUGGCCGACGCUUGCGGGAGAUCACCUUCGACGAGUCAGGAACCGUGCAGAUAGGACAGAUCCGGGCCUUUGAUUACUUCGGCGACGGCUCCUUCUACCUGCUCGACACCCCCGGCCACGCCAUCGGCCAUCUCGCGGGUCUCGUCCGCACCACAUCGAACCCCGACACCUUUGCAUUCCUCGGUGGCGAUCUGACGCACCACGGCGGUGAACUUCGACCGUCCAAAUACCUGGACUUCGCGUCCGCUGCAGCCUCUCUCGGCGCAGAGGCAGAGAAAGCCGCUGCCACGGUGCAGACCCUCGAGUCCCUCCAAACAUCGCGCGGACGACGCGUCGAUCAACCUUUCUUCGACCCCGUCAUCACAAGCGACUUUGACGAGGCAGUCAGGACGAUCGUCCGCGCACAGGACGCCGACGGCCAGGACAACAUCUUCUUCCUUGCGGCGCAUGACGACACCAUCGACGGCGUGGUGGACGUGUACCCAAAGCGGGCGAAUGAUUGGAAAGCGCGCGGCUGGCGAGAGAAGACGUUGUGGACUUUCUUGAGAGAUUUCCGGGAAGCACUGCGGGACGGUUCGGGUUCCCAUCCGCCAGUUCUUCAAUGUCCGGGGCAUUCAAGCUCCUGA